GGGCUGCAGCUCUUCAGCUUCAUCUCUUUAGUUCAACAGAAAAAGUGUCAGACAGCAGCAUGCUGCCACCAAACCUAUUGAUCGUGUCGAUAGUCAUCCUGGCAACUACAGCAUCUACAGCACCUGUGGAGGAGAAGGAGGUGGAGGAGGUGGAAACGGAGGCCACAGAGAUGUUGGAGGGGGAGUUGUCUGAGGAGGAGGAGGAUGAUGAUGAUGACUCCAAGAGUCAGGAUAAUAUUGAUGGAGCGCAGCAGACCACCGUGUCGGCAGCAGCAGCCGGAGGUUCAGUUAUUUCCUCAAAUGUUCAACAUAUGAGCGUUUCCAGUGGUCAGUCUCCAGAGAUGGGGUCUCAUCUGGGGGCAGCAGGAAGCUCUGCAGGUCACGGAGGUGAUCUCUCCUCUGUCGAUUUAGCAGCAGCUGGACAUCCAAGCAGCUCCUCAGGUUCUGCAGUUUCUUCAGGUUCUGAAGGCUCCAUGGGUUCUGCAGCCUCUGUAGGCUCUGCAGGAUCUGCAGGUUUUGUGGACUCAGCAGGAUCUGCAGGUUCUCCAGGGUCUGUAGGCUCCAUGGGGUUUGCAGGUUCUAUAGAUUCUGCAGGCUCUCCAGGUUCUGCAGGCUCCAUAGAUUUGGGAGGAUCUCCCGGUUCUGUAGGUUCUGCAGCUAUUUUAGACUCAGGAGGACCUCCAGGUUCUGUAGCAGCUGAAAUCUCUGGUGUUUCUGCAGGUCAAACUCACCCAGCAGGAUCCGAGCGUCUACCUAGUCCGUCUAAAACAGACAUGAACGGUAAAAUAUCCAAUCAUUCAUGUCCUGCUGGGAUAGACUCAGAGAAUAAUGGUAAUGGACAGAAGCUGCUGAACGGUGGAGGGGGUGGAGCCGGAGUCGACAGUCAGACCGGAAUCGUCGAUCCAUCCGGUCAUGACUUCCUGCUCAACCUCAUGGGCGGUGGUUUGGUGGAUUCUUUCAGUACAGAUGGUCACAUAAAUAUUCCAGCUCACCUGACUGCACCGCCUCACCAUGACUUCUCAGGCACUGGAGUCACAGCAGCGCCAUCUGGUGGACAGAACAUCCCAGGCUCGCCUGCAGAUUCUUCAUAUCACGCUGUGGAAAGGGUUGACCAAUCAGGCACAGGCGGCACCUCGCUGACAUCCGGAUCUGACCAAUCACUGGCCAGGCCUUUCCCAGGUUCCUCUCAUUCUGCAGUUUCCUCAACAUCUUUAAUAGACAAUGGCAACGGAGAUCACCAGCAGCAGACAAAUGGAGAAGAAUCCCCUGACAAUAACGGAAACGGCAGGCAGACUGUGCUGACAGACAUGAUGAACGGAGGAGUGACGGAAAGAAUGGUUUCUCUCCAUGAUGUUAACACUCAGAGCCUGCAAAUGCAAACUGAUCUCACAGGUGGAUCAGAGUCUGUCACUCAUCUUCAUGUUGAGUUCUUAAACUCAGGUCUUGGCCGUGAUGUCACAGAGUUGUCUCCCAUCACUUUAAGCAUAGAACCUGCAGCUGCCGUCACCAACACGCUGAGCCCAGUUUCAGGUGUUUAUUCCAACACAGAUCAGGUUACUGCGACAGCAGACUCCACGGGUACAGACAUAGUUACAGCACAUCCAACAGGGACUCCAUUUGACUCCAGUCAUCCAGUGGGGACAGAUCACUCACAAAUGGCUGGUUGGGCUUGUCCUCUGCAGGUUCAGUCACUGAACAGUACAACCCAUCUGGUCAGGGUCCUGAAGGUGCUGAAAAUGUGGAAUUGGAGGAUACCUGCUGACUUCCACAUGAAGCCCCGCGUGCGGUUUAUCCGUUUUCAAAUCCCGUGUACCGACCAAUCAGCAUGGCCCAGGAAUUCUGACUCCACCCACUAGUUGUAGAGCCCACCCCCCAACAAAUGAGAAAUGUUCCCUUUUGUUGUUUAAAUAUUUAAAACACGAAUGUUUGUGGACGUUUAUUUUUGUUUUAGACCAUCUUUGGGUCCGCUCCUUUAUCUACCACUGGGGCACGAUCCGGCUAGACGGGUCAAUAAUUAUUGACGAGAUAAGUGUGUGAAAAAUAAAGAAAAAUCACUUGCUGGUCAUUUCCCAAGCUGGAAUGUAAACAUGACAACUCAUUACUUGCUUCGCAUCUUUUUUAAGUGCGUUUGAAAACUUGAGUCGCCACCAGCGGGUGGUGAAGAGCCACUUAAAGGGGAAUUAAAUUAAUAAGAAUAAUUCAGGUGAAUCUCUAAUCGCGUCACACAGGAUGUGAUUGUAAAUUGUGGUUUGAACUUCAACAAUAAAAGUUACAUCUAUUUUGAA